GAUUAUGAAAUAAAAUCGGUAAAUAUAUAAAAGGUUGGAAUCGAUUUCUUACUAGGGAAAGUGUAAAGAUGUGUCUAAAUAUAUAAACCGUGAAGUUUGGAUUCUAAAUUGAAAUUACUGGAUUGAGCUUAAUGUGCUUAUUCCAAAUCCUAAAGCCGUCAGAUAAGAGAUCGCCAUUGCUAUGGCGACAACUAUCCAUUUACCUCCAAAAGCUUCAAAUUAACGAUACUCCAAAAGUACACUGGCGAGAGGAUCUAGAGACAGAGAACUACUCAACUGCACAUUUGGGACCUUGGUGGUUAGCAGAACACAUAGAUUCUCUCAAAGCAGAGUAACAAACUCACAUCUCUCCAUGUUUGUAAAGUGUAUUGAUUUAUUUCUCUCUUUUUUUCUUAAUACUACUAGAUUCUUAAGAGAUCUCUUAUGAUUAAUGCGGAGCUCUUAUGGUGAAUUUCUCUUAUACCUCUUAUUUAAAGUCAAAAACUUUAGAGUCCCUAGUUUCAACACCAUAGCUCGCAGAUUCUUAUGUGAUAACAACAAAACAAUAAAUCCGUACUGCUCACUUUCAAAAUAACUCAGGUGGGUGCUAGUGUCACAUGCAAGAACAUAUGGUGCUAAAGGAAUAAAUCCUUGUAAUUGAGGAUUAAAAAUGAAAAAAAUCUCUGUGUGCGCGCACGUGUGAUGUGGUAAAGACAAGAGAUCUAAAGAAUAUACACAACUUGGUGUCAGAAACAACUUAAAUAUUGUGUUGUGUCUCUCACUCUCUCUCUCUUACUCACUCUUCUCUUGGGUCUCUAGCUAUUAUCUUCUCCGCCCCGGAGAUCCGUCGUGCGUUUUUCUCUUCCUUCUCUCUCUAUCAAUGGAUUCCCUCGUCGAAUCCGGUUGGCAGUACCUUGUUUCUAACUUCAGCGACUUUCAACUAGCGUGCAUUGGGAGUUUCAUCGUCCACGAAACUGUCUUCUUCUUGUCUGGUCUCCCUUACAUCUUCCUUGAAAGGACGGGUUUGCUUAGCACUUACAAAAUUCAGACAAAACACAACACCCCUGAAGCGCAAGGAAAGUGCAUAGCGUGGCUAUUGUUUUACCAUUCAUGUGUAAACUUUCCCCUCAUGAUGUUCUCUUACCGUGUCUUCAAAUUCAUGGGCAUGCGGAGCAGUUUUCCUCUGCCCUCCUGGAAAGUGGUGUCUGCCCAGAUCUUAUUCUUCUUCAUCAUUGAGGAUUUUGUAUUCUAUUGGGGUCAUAGGAUCUUGCAUACAAAAUGGCUGUACAAGAACGUGCACAGUGUGCACCAUGAAUACGCCACACCGUUUGGUUUGACGUCAGAAUAUGCUCACCCCGCUGAGAUUCUCUUCCUGGGGUUUGCUACCUUUAUUGGUCCGGCUCUCACCGGGCCUCACCUAAUCACCCUUUGGUUGUGGUUGGUGCUUAGAGUCAUUGAGACAGUCGAAGCUCAUUGCGGUUAUCAUUUCCCAUGGAGUCCCUCUAAUUUUCUUCCUCUGUAUGGCGGUGCUGACUUCCAUGACUACCAUCAUCGUUUACUUUACACAAAGUCUGGGAACUACUCAUCAACUUUUGUCUACAUGGAUUGGAUCUUUGGUACCGACAAGGGUUACAGAAAACUGAAGGCCCUAAAAGAAACCUGAAAACAUGUUAAAACUUGGUUUAUCAAGAGAAAGGUUUCACUCUCCAAAACUAGAUCUCCUUUUGUUUUGCGUCUCGUGAAUAUUUAAAACUUUAGUCAUAAGAGCAUCAUUAUGCUAUUGCUCUGAAUCUUUAUUACUGUUUGCCUUAAUCUUUGGUUAGAGCUACUGCUCCUAGUUGCAUUUAGUCCAUAAGAUUCAUUCUCAUGUAUGUGCCUUGCGGCAUAGACAAAGAUCCUCCUUCAAGUUAUCUAUCUAAAACCUAAAAGUUGAACUUCA